AUGUUGAGUAAUGCUGGUGGAGGUGUUCCUGAUAAGAGCAAAUAUAAAUUGUCUAGGAGGGGAAAGAAACUCCUAAUGGCGGAUGACCAGAGAAUCCUGACAGCACUUCCUAAGGACGUGCCUGAACGUAUUUGGGCUGAAAUUCUUCAGAAGGAGGAAGACGAUCUGUUGAUACUUGAUAUACGCGAAGAAAUUCUGGAAGCAGCAUUGGCCGUAUGCUUUGAAAAAUACAUGGAGCGUCAAACCGCGCUCUUCACAGCUCACUGCGCGGGACAAGCAUGGCUGAAGCUGAUCGACUGGCAUUUUUAUCGUCACGACCCUGGUGAAGAUCCAAGCGCAUACCCACCUUGCUAUAUACCAAAGAGAACCGAAUCAUGGAUACCUGACGAUUUACCAGACCCAUCGCCAAAGGACACCUGGUGCAAGCAAGACUUGAUCAUCCAAGAGGAGUGUCAAGAGGAAGGCUUGAAGAAGUGGCCAAGUAGCUCCUCGUUGGAUAUUCCCGCUGUUGACGAAAUACCAUCUGAGUAUUGGUUCCCCGGUAGAGUGAAUAUACCAUGGGCAAAGGAAUCGGAACAUUAUGCGAAAGUCUUAAGCUAUGACUCUAGCAGCAUAAUCAGCGAACCCAACAUUGGUGCGGAGAGUGAGGUGUUGCAGAAGAUCACAGAUUACAGCACUGAAGAGUUGUCUAAUAAGGAUUCGACGUAUAGCGCCUUGAAAAUGACGACCCCCGUUGACGGGUCGCUGCAGGGGGCUGGUGAUUCAAUCGUAGACCGGUUACGCCCCAAAAGGAAGACGACAGAGAAAAGCAAAUUGUUUAGUAGGGCGAGCAUGCUCGGAAGAUCGAAGAACUCGUUGCCACCACUUGAUGGAGACUCUCGAUCCCGGAUUAGCAUUAUAUCUGAUUGUCGUUUGAGGAAUCUAAGGUUAGACACUCAGUACGAAGUCACAUCAGAGAAAAUCGACACACCCCCCGGUGAGAUAGUAAAACGGAAAUAG